GCCGGUCGGGCGUGCUAUCUGCCUAUCUGCACCUUUCCCUUUCCCUUUUUCUUCUUUUUUCCCAGCACAAUUGUAUCACUGACGCCACGACAGAGCACAUUGCUGUCAUUCAUUUCAAUAAGCGAACCACGGUACCUGACAAUUGGCAUUCUACUGAUCUCCAAGUCUGGAGCUCCGCGCUCUUGACAGCAACCAACCAUGGCCCCCGUCCAACAAGUCUGGGACUUCCCCGGCAUCCCGGGCGACAUCUUCCUCGACCACAAACCCUCACACUCGCCCUCACCAUCGCCAUCACCAGACACCUUCCUCGCCAAACGAGACAUCGAUACCUCUUCAACCGACAAUGGAAAAUCCCUCGUCGCCCGCUCCGACAAAACUCACACCCCCGGCAAAGGCACCGUCGACCCGCACCACAUCAACAUGCAGGGCCUCCUCGCUCUAUUUGCGAUUCUGGGGGCUGCCUUCGUCAUAGCGGGUAUCUGGUUCUUCUUCUGGGCGAAGAACGGCGGGUUCCAGUGGCGCAAGGGUGAUUGGGAGGAGUACAAAUCUACUGUUCUACGACGGAAGGGUCCUGACGGAAAGACGUUGAGUAAUGCUACCAAGAGCACGAAGCUGGGUGGCGGAAGUGUCGUGGGCAAGGGAUAUAGUGACUGGGAAGGAAAUGGUGAUGGGUACACGGAGAGUGGACUGGGAUAUGCGGAUACAGCGACAAAUCUAACCAAGAAGACCGGAAAGGAUAGGAAGCAGCGGUUGAAGGAUAUCGCGAAGAGGCGGUUUAUGCGGAAGCGUGCUGAUGAGCAGUCGUGGAAUGGGGAGGAGUAUGAAGAUGAGGAUGUUCGCGCUUAUCGGAAUGAGAAGGCGGCUAGGGUUGGUGGGAUUAACCGUGAGGCUGAGGGGACGUAUCACGGGAGUGAUUAUGAUACUUCUGCUCCGCCGACACAGUAUAAUCAGAGUGAGAUGAGUGAAGUUCGGGACUAUGCUUUUCCUCCGGCGACUGCGCCACGACACAAGAGUCAGCGCCAGUCUCGCAAUUUCUCAUUCACUCCUGGUACCGAGAGCCAUGUUACCGGUGACACGUCCUACCAUCCACGAGACACUGGCAACCGUCGUGCCCGCGAACCUUCAGCCCGUCGCCACAACCGCCGUCGUGAACGUCGCCGCAACCCACCUCCGCCAGCCUCCUCGUCCUCCUCGUCCCGCCCGGAUAGCCAUUACCCACGCAAACAGCGCCGCAGCAACGGCGGUGGCCACUACACUGAAUCAUCUCUCGGCUCGCGAUCGGAAUUCAACUCGAACCUGUACUCUGAGGACGAGAGUGGGACUAGGAGCUACAGCCAUCAGAUUCCGGGAUUGAGUAAGGGGUAUCGGCGUGACGGAGGACGAGGCAGACGGAGGGAUAGUUUGAGUGAGAGUGAUGGGGAGGAGACGAGAUAUUCUUAGUUAUGGUUAUGGUCACUUAUGAUUUAUUUCUUUAUGGGCGUGUGAAUAAUGAUUCCAUUUGUUUUGUUCUUGUUUCGAUUUCUUUGGGUUAGUACGGCAUGGGAUGGGAUGGGAUUUAUGAGUUUUACGAUGGAUAUGAUAUGGAUAACUAUGGGAAACAGAUUGAUGGCAUAGUUUUCGUGAUUUGGUCCUAAUAGAAAUGAAACAGAUGAAACUGCAACAACC